CGGCAAGUGCCAAAAGAAAAAAGGAAGAUCACCCAUGCAUCCUCCAGGCUCCAGCUCUGCAUUUCUGGUCUCCGCCACGCCACAAAAACCAAGGAUUGAUUCAAACUCGUCCCACCAAUCUUUCCCAUUGAUUCGAUUUGCUCAUCUCAUCCCCUCCUCAAACCCUAGCUUCUACUAGUACUCCUCCUCAUCGAUCGCCGGCUCGCCGCUCUCCAACUCGCACCAAGCCCGAAUGGCGCCUCCGUCGUGGGUGAUCCUGAGCUGCGAGCCGCGGGUGUGCGGCGGCGGCGACGACCCCGUCCUGCCGCAGGGAGCCGACGUCGCCCUCUCCCUCGCCGCGCCGCCGCGCGUCGCGGUGCUCUCGGUGUCCCGGCGCGUCUCGCCGGCCGAGGUGGACCCCUGCGCCAGGUGCAAGUCCCCCUUCGUCCUCGCGCUCGACCCCUCCGCGGGGCUCGUCCUCCUCGUCGCGCCGCCGCCACCGUCCCCCGACGACUCCGGCGACCUGCGGUCCUGGACCGACCGCGACGGCAACGAGCGCACGUUCCGCGUCAGCCUCAUCCCGCGCCCGCUCUACUUCGUCUGCGACGUCGCCGCCGCCACCGCCUCCCACGUCCCCGACCCGGAGCGCCUCAUCUUCAACAACGACCUCGGUGUCAUCGCCGCGCCAGGAGGAGGCCGGGGGAACUACAUGGUCGUCGAGCUCCAGACCAUCGUCGGCGAUGACGAGGCCACCCUGCUCUGCUUCUCGUCCGUGACCGGCGAGUGGGAGGAGAAGGACGUCGGCAACCCACUGCCGAGCUGGAUCUGGACCUUCUAUGACAUCAUCUGUCACGACGGCAAGCUCUGGUGGGUGGACACCGCGGCGGGCCUCCUCUUGUGCGAUCCGUUCGCCGAUGAGCCGGACAUGAAGUACGUUCCACUGGAGGACAAGGAGGACGACCUCCAAUCUGAAGACGAAGACGAUGACGAUGGCUGCGGCUACUGCGCCGAGAGAGUGCUCGCCACCGGCCGCAUCGUGCAGCUGAUCGACGGCAAGUUCAGGUGUGUGGAGGUGAGCUCUCCAAGCCACGGCGCCGCUCCCGAGGUCUCCAUGCGCACGCUGGUUAAUCCAGAGACCGCGGAGUGGGCGCCUGAGUACACGGUGAGCUUCGCCGACAUCUGGGCCAGCGAGAGCUACAAGGCGACCGAGCUGCCGGAGAAGGCCCCUCAACUCAGGAACGCGUUCGUCCACCCCAUGAACCCGGACGUGCUGUACUUCUUCCUGAAGAAGCAUAUCUUGGGCGUCGACGUGCGCGCGAGGAAGGUCGUGGAGUACGAGGCCCGCGACUCUUCUGAAAGCGUUCUUCCAUGGAAACUCCCACCCGCGCUCUCCGCAGGUCUGUCCCAGGAAGGUGCUGCCAAUGGUGUGAAUGAUGGAGUGCCAUCUGCAUCGCCGACUUCGCUGCCGUCUGAUCCCAAAGGAGCCUAGAGUGGGUCCUUGUGACUGAUAGCCCGUUGGCAUUUGGAAUGUUCUUCGCCUCCCUCUUGAGAAUGGCUGCAGUGUUUGCUUAUUCCUGUCCGUGAUGUCUUAAUUUAAGUUUUUUGUGAGGGGCGAUGAAUUGCUUUACUUGUGUGAACGGUAUU